UGCUUAUUAAGCCUAGUGGCGCGUGGAACUCGAAUUCUUGCGGAACGCGAGUGAAGGGGACGCUUGUGUGUGAGAUACUUGUUGUGAGUGCGAUUUCGAAGGGCCAUAAAAUGGACAACUGCACUACGGAGCGUCACAUGCCAAACAUAGAAAAAGGACCGGCGAAGCUGAAAUUUGGCAUCGAUAGGCUGCUCUCCGCUGAGUACUCAAGAAAGUUGAAUUGCGAAAACGGCAACAACAACUCGACGAUAUCCAAGCCGCUUCCGCAGAUGGCAGUACCCUGUUCAGACUGCGUCACGUCUUUGUUCAGGUGCUGCAGACUGGGUUCAGGUAGAAGCUGUCAGCACGAUCAUUUACCCGGACUGCCGAGGUACCUCGAGUGCCCUGGAUAUGGGUCGUCUGGAAAUAAUAGCACCACUUAUGCUGUUCAGCCGAUAAGACCUUUUGCAACCCGCCCUGCUCCGAGGAUGACGAUUCAUCACACUCCUUCCCCACCCCAGGGUCUCACGAGCGGCAACGGAUCCAGCAAAAGGAAACGUUCGUGGUCCAGGGCGGUCUUUAGCAAUCUGCAGAGGAAAGGUUUGGAGAGGCGCUUUCAACUUCAAAAGUACAUCACGAAACCAGAUCGGCGGCAACUAGCCGCUACCUUAGGCCUCACCGACGCUCAAGUAAAAGUAUGGUUUCAGAAUAGAAGAAUGAAGUGGAGGCACUCGAAGGAGAACUCAAAAUCGGGGGAAAACAACGCCGACUCCUCCCAAGAAGAGCUCCAGAUAGACGUCGACACUGUGAGCGACGACAUUGACUGAACUUACUCGAAGAAUCGAGAUUUCGAGCAUAAAGCCAAAAAGUACAAAAGUUAUUCGAAUUGUGUAAAUAUUAAUUGAUAACUUGAUAAGAAUAAGUUCUUCUGUUGUGUCGAUUUUUUGUCCAAAAUUCAUGUGAUAAAAAUAAACAGUG